CCCAUAUCCUGACCCCAUUGCCACCCCAUAAGACCUUGACCCCAUAUCCUGACCCCAUUGCCACCCCAUAAGACCUCGACCCCAUAUCCUGACCCCAUUGCCACCCCAUAAGCCCACAAACAACACAGGCAGCCUUUUAGGGUCGUUUAUUGUCACUCCGUCCCGCUCCCGACCCCAUAACCUCCCCGCCACCCCCCCAUGGGCCUUUAUGGGGUUUCUAUGGGUCGCUGUGCGGUAUUGAUGUCCCCCCCACCCCAAAGCGAGACCCCACAGAUAUGGGGUGGGGGAACUUAUAGGGGAACAGGGAAACUGUGGGGUCAGUGGGGGAAAUGGGGGCAUUGGGGUCAGUGGGGUCACAAUGGGGUCACAUUGGGGUCAAUGGGGACACAAUGGGGUCAAUGGGGACAUUGGGGUCAAUGGGGGGAAAUGGGGUCACAAUGGGUCCACAAUGGAAACAAUAGGGUCACAAUGGGGUCACAGUGGGGUCAAUGGGGACAAUGGAGUCAAUGGGGGUCACAAUGGGGUCACAAUGGGGUCACAUUGGGGUCAAUGGGGACACAAUGGGGUCAAUGUGGGGAAAUGGGGUCACAAUGGGGUCAAUCGGUCCACAAUGGAAAUAGGGUCACAAUGGGGUCACAGUGGGGUCAAUGGGGUCAAUAGGGUCACAAUGGGGUCAAUGGGGUCACAAUGGGGUCAAUGGGUCCACAAUGGAAACAAUAGGGUCACAAUGGGGUCACAGUGGGAUCAAUGGGGACAAUGGGGUCAGUGGGGUCACAAUGGGGUCAAAGGGGACAAUGGGAGUCAAUGGGGUCACAAUGGGGGUCACAAUGGGGUCACAAUGGGGUCAAUGGGGACAUUGGGGUCAAUGAGGGAAAUGGGGUCACAAUGGGGUCAAUGGGUCCACAAAGGAAACAAUAGGGUCACAAUGGGGUCACAGUGGGAUCAAUGGGGACAAUGGGGUCAAUGGGGUCACAAUGGGGUCAAAGGGGACAAUGGGGUCAAUGGGGUCACAAUGGGGUCACAAUGGGGUCACAAUGGGGUCAAUGGGGUCCACAAUGGAAACAAUAGGGUCACAAUGGGGUCACAGUGGGGCCAAUGGGGACAAUGGGGUCAAUGGGGUCACAAUGGGGUCAAAGGGGACAAUGGGGUCAAUGGGGUCACAAUGGGGUCAAUGGGGACACAAUGGGGUCAAUGGGGACACAAUAGGGUCACAAUGGGGUUACAAUGGGGGUCACAGUGGGGUCAAUGGGGACAAUGGGGUCAAUGGGGUCACAAUGGGGUCAACGGGGUCAAUGGGGUCACAAUGGGGUCACAAUGGGGUCAAUGGGUCCACAAUGGAAAUAGGGUCACAAUGGGGUCAAUGGGGUCACAAUGGGGUCACAAUGGGGUCACAAUGGGGUCAACGGGGUCACAAUGGGGUCACAAUGGGGUCAAUGGGGACACAAUAGGGUCACAAUGGGGUCAAUGGGGUCACAAUGGGGUCACAAUGGGGUCACUGUGGGGUCAAUGGGGUCACAAUGGGGUCACAGUGGGGGUCACAGUGGGGCAGAAUGGGGGUCAGUGGGGUCACAGCUGAGGUAGCUCAGGACAGUGCCAUGUGACCCCAUCCCAAGCAGGGACAGGAAGUGACGUCAGCAGUGACAGGAAGUGGCGUCAGUAGUGACAGGAAGUGGCGUCGGGGACAUCAGGAAGUGACGUCAAUAGCAGCAGGAAGUGAUGUCAGUAGUGAAAGCAAGUGGUGUCAGUAGUGACAGGAAGUGCCAUCAGUAGUGACAGGAAGUGACGACGAUAGCAGCAGGAAGUGAUGUCAGUAGUGAAAGGAAGCAAC